UAUCACUCGUGCAAUAAAAUAUUCUACGGAUUAGGAAAAUGUCCUACGAGAAAGAACAAGCUAGACUGUUACAGUUGAUGAACGAAAUUGAUCCAUACGUUACCGAAUACGAUGACUCUGAAGAUGACGACGAAAUAGACAACAUUAAAAUAUUUGACGAAGACACGGCUUCAGAACAAGAUCUCUCAGAUGCUGAGGAAGAUCCUGUUACUUUCAAUGAACCUUAUUUCCUUGGAAAAGACGGUACAACGAAGUGGAACAAACAUUUUCCCACAAGAAACGUGAGAACCCGUUCAGAAAACAUAAUCACUCAUUUACCAGGAGUAAAAGGCGAAGCCAAAAAGCUAAAAAUGGACAUCGAUUAAUUACAUUUGUAACUUUUGUGCCAUAUUUUCUAUAGUUUAGUAAUUUUUAUUUUUAUGUUUUUUCUUUGAUAAAGUAUACUUAUCAUAUUAUUACUUAAGAA